AUGGAGGCUACUUCUUCGGCACGUUCGGCGGCCUACGGGGACCGUGCUUGCUUCGAGUAUGGUGAGAUAGGGCAUAUCAAGAGGUAUUUCCCCAGACUUAAACAGAGUGGGCAAGGUACUCAGUAUCAGGCUCCCCGAGCUCCGUUUGCACCAGAUCAAGGAGGCAAGAAUCACGCACCCGCCGGGCGGGGCGGCCACACCGUGGGUAGGGGUGGUGCCCAGCCUAACCGAGGCGGUCCUCAAGCAGGUAGAGGUGGACAGCAGCCCGGCAGGGGUGGGGCUCAGACUGGUAAUGGUAAUCGCGGUGGUUCACAGGCGAUGGGAGGGCGCGGUCAUUUGUACACCUUUCCAGGUAGACCCGAGGCUGAGGCCUCCGAUGCGGUUAUCACAGAUAUGAUGUGUGAUACUCUUGACACCCCUAUUUAUGUAUCUACUUCUGUUGGGGACUCUGUGGUGGUGGAUAGCAUUUACCCUGCAUGUGUAAUUACUUCUAUGGGGAAGCUAGUAGAGAAGGAUUGUCUAGCUUAUCUGGCACAUAUCCGUGACACCAGUGCAGAUACUCUAUCUCUUGAUUCAGUUCCAGUGGUAAGCAAGUUUGCGAAUAUAUUCCCCGCGGACUUUCCUGGUAUGCCACCGAAUCGUGACAUUGACUUCAGGAUCGAUUUAGAUCCAGGUACUCGUCCUAUCUCUAUCCCACCUUAUAGGAUGGCGCCAGCAGAACUUAGGGAGUUAAAAGAGCAGUUGCAAGAUCUUCUGAUUAAGGGGUUUAUUCGCCCGAGUGUCUCUCCGUGGGGUGCUCCCUUACAGGGAGCCUCGGUGUUCUCUAAAAUCGAUUUAAGUUCAAGGUACCAUCAGUUGAAGAUUCAGCCAGAAGAUGUUCCUAAAAUCAAUUUCGGACCAGGUCCUGUUUUGAUGCAGAAAAAGAAGGUGAUUUCUUAUGCUUCUCGUUUGCAGCAUGUGUUCACCCAGAGGGAUCUAAACUCUAGAAAGCGGAGAUGGAUGGAACUACUGAAGGACUUUGAUAUCACCAUUUUGUAUCACCCUAGUAAGGCAAAUGUAGUAGCUGACGCUUUGAGCAGGAAGUCGGCUAGUAUGGGAAGUCUAACCUGCUUGAUUUCUUCUGAGUGUCCAUUCGCUAGAGAGGUUCCGACUCUGGCUAGCAGUUUUAUGAGACUGGAUAUUUCUAACACAGGCAAAGUGUUGGCUUGUGUGGAGGCUAGGUCGUCAUUUUUAGAGCAGAUUAAGGCAAACCAGUUUGAGGAUGCUAAGUUGUGUAAAAUAUGUGAUAAAGUAUUGUGUGGUAAGGCCAAAGAGGUCGUGAUUGAUGAGGAAGGCGUGCUGCGAAUCAAAGGGCGAGUAUGUGUGCCACGUGUGGGCGACUUGAUCAAGACCAUUCUGACAGAGGCUCAUAGUUCGAGGUCUCCUAUUAGAUGGUUUGAUGCAUUCGAGGUGAGGCCGUGGGGUACCGAUAUUCUGAGAGAGUCCUUAAAGAAGGUGAAGGCGAUUCAAGCCAAGCUUCUGGCAGCGCAGAGUAGGCAGAAGGAGUGUGCGGACCACAAGGUCCAAGAUCUUAAGUUUGAGGAAGGAGAAAGAAGUGCUUUUGAAGGCGUUCAUCCGGUGUUCUAUGUGUCGAUGUUGAAGAGGUACCACGGUGAUGGUUCCUACAUAAUCCGUUGGGAUUCAAUUUUGUUAGACGAGAAUUUGUCGUAUGAGAAAGAGCCCGUUGCUAUCUUAGACAGGGAUGUUCGCAAGUUGAGGUCCAAGGAAAUAGCUGCUGUGAAAGUUUAG